UCGUGCGCCAGAUCUCGGGCAAGGAUGUGAAAGGGGAGAUCUUGGAGUGGAAGGAGGGCAAGAUCAUCUUCAAUCCUCACCGUUGGCACGCUACGGAGGCCUGGGAGGGGACGCGUCUUGUUCUGGCUGGGUACACGAUUGCAGGACUGGAUGGUUUGAGCCGCAGCAACAAAGGGGUACUAGUGGACCGCGGCUUCAUCGAGCUACGCACCAAGCUGGAGGAGAUACUUGUCGAGCACGCCGGGGGUGAUCAGAAGCUGGACAGGAUCCCUUUCGAGAUGGCGGCGAAGGGCGAGGCUGGAUGCGGCUUGGUGAAGUGGAAGCUGGAGAUGGGGCCCCUGGACGUUGCACAGUCUUGGAAGGCGAACUACGAAUCGGCCGAAGAAAAUCUUGACUUCGUGAGAGAGCACUUCGAGACUGAGGUCGCGGAGGGCUUGAUGAUCAAGAUGAGAGAGGCCGACUUCUGGGCCGAGUACGGGGACGAGGCGGCGAUUUCGGCCAUCGCGGUGAUAGUUGAGGAAGGGCCGCCGGCUAAGAGGAGGGUGGUGCAUGAUGCCUCGCAUGAC